AUGAUUAAACUUUAUUUUCACCUCUCUCCCUCGAUCUUCUCUCUUUUCACAGUGAAACAGUACAAUGAUGAACAAUCUUCAAUUUCUCUUCGUACUUACAGGGAUGGUUCUUCCUUUAUUCUUUCCUCGUGAUGUCUCAAGCGCAACGGAUUCAAUAUCUAUGGUUCAGCCUCUUCAUGAAGGAAACACAUUGGUUUCUAGUAAUGGAACCUUUGAAAUGGGGUUUUUCAGCCCAGGAAGUUCUUCAAACCAUUACUUAGGUAUUUGGUACAAGAUUCUUCCGUUGAAAACCGUGGUUUGGGUUGCAAAUAGAUCCAACCCUGUCAAAGACAACACUAGCAUACUCCACAUAAACAACGAAGGGAUUCUUCAACUUGUCAACAAGGACGGAACCGUCUUUUGGUCUACAAACUCCACCACAAAGAUGAACCUUUCGAAUCCGAUUGCUCAGCUCUUAGAUUCUGGAAAUCUUGUUAUUAGAGAUGAGAGUGACCAAGAUUCCAAGAAUUACGUCUGGCAAAGCUUUGAUUAUCCUUGUGAUACACUCUUACCGGGGAUGAAGCUCGGUUGGGAUCUUAAAACCGGUCUUGAACGGCGGUUAACUGCUUGGAAGAAUUGGGACGAUCCCUCGCCGGGGAAUCUUUCUUGGGGAAUCUCGCUCGAGGGUUUUCCCCAAGGAAUAUUCUUGAAGGGCUCGAAAGAGUACUACCGUGUCGGUCCAUGGAAUGGUCUUCGUUUCAGUGGAACACCUGAAUUGAUGCCCAAUAACCUUUUUAGUUAUAAAUUCGUGUCGAACGAAAAUGAAGUGUAUUUUGUGUAUAAGUAUAAUCUUGAAAAUAAGUCGUCACUUUUACUGAGACUCGUCAUGAACGAAACCUUAGGUAACAGACACGGCUACAUGUGGAACGACGGAUCUUCGGGUUGGACGGAAUUUUCUUCCCAUUCACCGAGAGAAGCGUGUGAUCUCUAUAAUCACUGUGGUCCAAAUGCGUAUUGCAGCAUCAUAAGUGGCGGUUCAACGUGCCAGUGUCUGAAGGGGUUCAAGCAAAAGUCAUCACAGAACUGGACUGAAGGAUGUUCUUCUUCAUUGCUUGAUGAGCAAUCGAGAUGCAACAUGGAUAAUAAGACGGGUAGUCAGAGAGAUGAUAAGAAUGGGUUUUCUAAAGUUGGAGGAAUGAAAUACCCAGAUACUCGGCGUUCUUGGGUGAAUGAGAGGAUGAAUCUUGAUGAAUGCAGGGAUAAAUGCAGAGAGAAUUGUUCGUGUAUGGCUUAUGCAAACUCAGAUAUUAGAGAAGGUGGUAGUGGCUGUUUGAUGUGGUUCGGUGUUCUCGACGAUAUCAAAGAGUUUUCUGAUGGCGGUGCUGAUAUAUACAUUCGAACGGUCAUCGAUGGGAAGGAAGGGCACAAAAAGAAGAAGGUAGGACUGAUAGUCAUCGGUACCAGUGCCUCUGUUCUUGUGGUGCUUCUGAUUUUUGGUUACAUUGGCCAGAGGAUAAUAAACUGCAGAGUUAAGAAGAAUAAUGAUGCAUAUGAAGACUACUUGGAUCUUCCUAUCUUUGACCUUGCUACAAUUGCAAAAGCAACUGAAGACUUUUCCAUUAGCAAUAAACUUGGAAAAGGUGGAUUUGGGACUGUAUAUAAGGGAACUCUAGUUGAUGGACAAAAUAUUGCUGUGAAGAGACUUUUACAGGGAUCUAAUUCUGGACAAGGGUUGACAGAAUUUAUGAAUGAAGUUUUAUUAAUUGCUAAACUUCAACAUCGCAAUUUAGUGAAGCUUCUUGGUUGUUGCAUUCAAGAUGGAGAAAAGAUGCUUGUCUAUGAAUACAUGCCCAAUAAGAGCCUAGACAAUUUUAUCUUUGGUCACAAGGAUGGCAGAGUUAUUUUAGAUUGGCCUAACCGAUUCAACAUUAUAUGUGGAAUUGCUCGAGGAUUACUUUAUCUUCAUCAAGAUUCUCGAUUAAGAAUUAUACAUAGAGAUCUCAAAGCUAGCAAUGUAUUGCUUGACAAAGAGUUAAACCCUAAAAUUUCUGAUUUUGGGAUGGCGAAAUCAUUUGGAGGAAAUCAAACUGAAGGAAAUACAAAUAGAAUUGUUGGAACAUAUGGUUAUAUGGCUCCUGAAUAUGCUAUUUAUGGAUUAUUCUCAAUUAAAUCUGAUGUAUUUAGCUUUGGAGUAUUAAUUUUGGAAAUAGUAAGUGGAAGAAAGAAUAGAAUGAUUUCUCGUGAAAAUGAAGAUGCAAAUCUUAUUGCACAAGCUUGGACAUUAUGGAAAGAAAAGAAGGCUCUAGACUUAAUUGAUUCAUACAUGGAGAAUUCUUAUGUUGAAUUAGAAGCAUUGCGUUGCAUCCACAUCGGUCUCCUAUGUGUACAACAAAAUCCUGAGGAUAGACCAAAUAUGUCAAAUGUGGUGAUGAUGUUGGGUAGUGAGGUUGCCUUGCCCCAACCUAAGGAGCCUUCUUUCCUCACUGAGACUUCUCUUCUUCAAGCAGUUGAUUCUUCGAGCUACCAACAAUGUUUUUCAACUAAUGAAAUAAGUGUUACAGUAUUGGAAGCCCGAUAAUGGAUUAUUAUAUCCCAAAUUAAAUGAUGACUUGAUUGUACAACUUCAGCAUUAUUAUGGUUUAUUAAUAUUUCCAGGAAAUUCCUAAAGCAAUAUUCAAGCUGAAAAUGUCAGUAGGAUUCUCCACUUUUAUCCAAAGUUUGCUACAUUGAUUAAUUAUUAAUUAAAGUUGGUGUGUAAUA